GAAGCAGGCAAGCAUCAAUUCACCUUUGGAAAAAUAUAAUAUACUCCGAGUGAAAAUGAUGAGUGAACUAGUGCAAGUGAAACCAAAGGGAAAGGUUAUAAGCAUUCUUGCCAUAGAUGGGGGCGGCGUUAGGGGAAUUAUUCCAGGCACCAUUCUUGCUUUUCUUGAAGCUCAGCUCCAGAAAAUUGAGGGCAACCCAAAUGCGAGGAUAGCAGACUACUUUGAUGUGAUAGCAGGAACCAGCACCGGUGGGCUUGUGACUGCAAUGCUGACCACGCCCGGAGAUAAUGGCCUCCCUCUAUUUGCCGCCGCUGAUAUUCCCUCGUUUUAUUUGAAAGAGUGUCCUAACAUCUUCAAAAAAGAAUCCAAAACUGCCAGCACCCAGAGCUUGGUCACUUCCUUAUUCACUACAAACGUUGCUGAUCUUACUGCCACUGUGGAAAACCCCAACUUUGAGUUGCCCCAGUUUUCGGAAGAAGAUAUCCCUGACUUUUACAAGCAGCGCCUCCCUCAUUCAGCGCCGCAGCCGCUUCAGACGCCCAUAGGGAAUGCCCAUAUGAUAAGUAACUUGAAUUUGUUUGCAUUUCCGGAUAUUUGGGGUUGGUUCAAGAAACUAGGGUCUAGUGUGUGGUAUGUCAUCGAGUUCAUUGAGAAGAUGGGUUUUCGUCCAAUGUAUGAUGGUGCUUACUUGCAUGCCAAGAUCAAAGAAAUGAUGAAGGACACCAAGCUUAACCAAACUCUCACUAACGUUGUCAUCCCGACUUACGACGUUCAUCACUUGAAACCGGUCAUCUUCUCCUCCUUUCAGGCAAGGAGGGAGGCUUCAAAGAACCCAAAACUAGCAGAUGUUUGCAUUGCCACAUCAGCAGCACCAAUUUACUUACCUCCUCAUAGCUUUGAGUUGCCAUCGUCUCAAGGGAUUGAGAAGUUCAACCUCGUUGAUGGCGGAGUUGCCGCCAACAAUCCUGUGCUGGUGGCUAUAUUGGAAGCGGCAAAAGCUUACAAUGUUCGGCCGUUGCCGGAAAAUUUCAGGAUCCUGUCAUUGGGGACGGGGUCAUGCACAGGCACUCAAAUGGCUGAAGUGGGCGACGCCAGUAGUUGGGGCGUGGUGAGGUGGUUGCUGUUUCCGGACAACACUCCUCGUAUCACCGAUGUUUUCAUGGGCGGCAAUGAGAGCAUGGUGGACGCUUACACCUCUCUGUUUUUCGGCGGCGCAACCGCUUCCGACGACCCCGACAACUUCCUUAGAAUCCAAUACCAAGGGAUGAAGUACAAUGAAUGUCUGGUUGAUGACUCCAGCAAAGAGUACUUGCAGAAGUUGGAACGGUUCGCUAAUGAUAUGCUCAAGGACCCUGUUUCCGGCCCGACCACUUCCAACUCUCUUGGGCUCACAAAUGAAGAGGCUCUCAUUUCGUUUGCUCAUAACCUGGUGAGAGACAAGAAGCAUUGAUGAAUUUGAUGAGUAAGAAUAAGGAAGCUAAGGGCCUACUUGAGUGCUGAUGAAAUUUUCAUUCCCACUUUCCAAAAUAAUAGAUCGUCUGAUCUUACUUGGUGUGUCAUUUUCAAUAAUAAUAAUAAUAAUGUGGUGUAUGAAAGUAAAUCUAUCUGAUCGAUCAUAAUCAGCCACUCCAAUAUGUAUGAAUAUUGUUAUGCUAGGCUGCUCAUCCAUUUGAGGUGUGCCUUCAUGGUAAUAAUAAAAUCUUGGUUUGAGAUAUACUCCAUAUAUUCUUUGUUUUCUUUUGCCUUGAUGGAUAUGUCUAAUUCGUAUGGUUAAGUCCCAACCCUCAAGCAUUUGGUGAUGGUUCUAAUUCGUAUUACUCGUAUUAGUAUCGUAUACUGCUACACAUAUUUUUAGUGCGACAAAAUACAAAUCAUACAACAAUUGAUUCACUGUGAGUGGUUUUUAUUAGUACUCGAGUGGAAACCCAUCCAUAUUCCUCUCACUUUACCUAUUUAAUGGUGAAAAUGUGACAUUUGAAGACAA